AUGCUCUCAACGAAGCAACUUCUCCUUCGAGCCACAUCUGCAUUAGUGGCGGGAAGCUCUGGAGUUGCGCGAGACAGCCCUUCGCUUGUCGGCGACCCUUGCGACUCGGUUUCACCAAUGCGGGUCGUAUGGGGGCGCUUCUUCAAAUCCCUAGCGCCACCCGCUCCCUCGGUUGUUUCAUGUCAAAAGCGUUUUACGUCCCAUGGCGCCGAUGGUAUUUCCUCGGCUUCGAUUGUUGUCACUGACCCGGAGGCGGCAGCAAAGAAGCGUGACCGCAUGGCGCGCGAGUUGCUCUCAAGUAAUAGUGGUCUUUGUCAAGAAGAUGAACCCACUAUCAUUAACUUAAAGGGGUUGGAGCACACGAUUCCGUACAGGCUCGCCGUGGUUCUUUGUAACUCGCGCUCUACAGGUGAAUUCGAAGCAAAGGCAGCUGAGAUUUUGCGAAAGGCAUUUCACAUGGUGGACUACUCCCUCAAUUGUUUCAAUCCUGAAAGCGAGUUGUCGCGUGUCAACUCUCUGCCGGUGGGUGAGAAGCAUCAAAUGUCGGAGGAUCUCCGGCACGUGAUGGAGUGCACCAUCAGUGUACAUCACUCCAGCGGAAUGGGCUUCGACCCGGCGGCAGGUCCAAUUAUCAGCCGACUUCGGGGGGCAAUGAGGGACCACAACGACAUGUCCGACAUUUCCGUAACGGAAGCCGAGGUAGAGCUCUUCUCCUUAGCGCAAAGUUUUGACGUGGACCUCGAGGAGGGAACAAUAGCUCGCAAGCACUCUGAAGCGAGGCUUGAUCUUGGUGGUGUGAACAAAGGCUACACAGUUGAUUAUGUAGUGGAUCAUCUUCGUGCGGCCGGUAUGCCAAACGUGCUCUUUGAGUGGGGCGGGGAUAUUCGAGCGUCGGGUAGGAACAUCAAAGGAAACCUAUGGGCAGUUGCUAUCAAACGACCGCCAUCUGUGGAGGAGGUGAUUCGGCGCGCCAAAGGGAAAAUGUUAAAAAUGGGGGAGGAGGAGCAGGAAGAGAAGGACGAUGAUUCUCCAUCCCUGCUUCAUGUGGUGGAGCUUGAUGAUGAAGCCCUUUGCACCAGUGGUGACUACGAAAACGUUUUGUAUCAUCCAAAGCAUGGAGUGGCGGGGAGCAUUUUUGACUGGCAGCGAAGGGGGCUACUAUCUCCUGAGGAAGGGGCACUCGCUCAAGUGUCUGUGAAAUGUUAUAGCGCAAUGUACGCUGAUGCUCUGGCAACAGUGUGCCUUGUGAAGCGUGAUGCUGUGAGGAUUCGCUACUUAUUAGAGGGCUGGCGUUACGUUCGAAGUCGUGUGACGAAUUACUUCGCCUAUACCCGUCAGGGCGAGCGGUUAGCACAUAUGCACGAGAUAGCGCAAGAAACACGGGAGCUACGUGAAAUACGGAUUGCCGGGAGUUUGCCCUCCAGAAUUGUUAUUGUGGGUGGAGGUCUAGCGGGCCUUUCAGCGGCCAUCGAAGCCGCAAGUUGUGGUGCACAAGUCAUACUCAUGGAAAAGGAAGGAAGAAUCGGGGGGAACAGCGCAAAGGCUACAUCAGGUAUUAAUGGGUGGGGGACGCGUACGCAGGCAAAGUCAGAUAUUCUCGACGGUGGAAAGUAUUUUGAGCGUGACACUUUUCUCUCUGGCGUUGGCGGUACUACCGAUCCUGCCCUCGUCAAAGUGCUCUCAGUUAAGAGUGGGGACGCAAUUGGUUGGCUUACUUCUCUUGGUGUGCCACUCAGUGUCCUCUCGCAACUUGGUGGCCACAGUUUCAAGCGAACCCACCGUGCCCCGGACAAAACGGACGGGACACCCCUACCAAUUGGUCAUACGAUCAUGAGAACCCUCGAGGAUCACAUCCGUAACAACCUCUCUGAGCGAGUAACGAUUAUGACACAUGUGUCCGUGACCGAGUUAUUGCACGAAACCGAUACAACACCUGAUGGCGCCUCCGAAGUGCGUGUUACGGGUGUAAGAUACAGGGACCUCUCCGAUGUGGAUGGCCAGCCAUCAAAAUUGCUUGCGGAUGCCGUCGUUCUUGCAACUGGUGGUUUCUCCAAUGACCGUGAAGAAAAUUCACUGCUCUGCAAGUAUGCGCCUCACCUGGCCAGUUUUCCAACGACAAAUGGCCCCUGGGCGACCGGUGACGGGGUUAAACUCGCAACAUCGGUUGGUGCAAAGCUUGUGGAUAUGGAUAAGGUUCAGCUACACCCCACAGGGCUUAUCGAUCCAAAGGAUCCCGCGAACACAACGAAGAUUCUCGGCCCGGAGGCACUCCGAGGUUCGGGUGGGAUAUUACUCAACAAGCAAGGAAAGCGCUUCGUGAAUGAACUUGACCUCCGCUCUGUUGUAUCCAAGGCAAUUAAUACGCAGGGUAAUGAAUACCCUGGAUCCGGUGGAUGUUACUUUGCGUACUGCGUGCUCAACGAAGAUGCAACAAACCUCUUCGGUGGCGGUGCACUGGGGUUCUACGGAAAGAAGCUUGGUUUGUUCCAGCGUGCUGAGACUGUGGAAGAGUUGGCCAAACUGAUUGGCUGUGACGAAGGUGAAUUACGGGAUACGCUUGAAAAGUAUGAAACUUGCAGCAAGGCCAAAGUUGCGUGCCCUGUGACGGGGAAGGUAGUAUUCCCUUGUGUGGUGGGUACAAGGGGGCCGUACAAUGUUGCUUUUGUCACGCCUUCCAUUCAUUACACAAUGGGUGGCUGCCUCAUUUCACCGGCUGCUGAAGUUCUUCAGGAGUACAAAGGUUUAAAUAUUCUGGAAAACCAUAGACCGAUUCGAUGCUUGUUUGGUGCCGGUGAAGUGACGGGUGGUGUGCACGGUGGUAACCGCCUUGGUGGUAAUUCGCUCUUGGAAUGUGUGGUAUUCGGGAAAAUUGCGGGUGACCGUGCCGCAACAAUACUUCAAAAACGUGAGAUAGCCCUCUCCAAGACGAGUUGGACUUCCGUUGUUGUACGUGAGUCCCGCUCCGGCGAACAGUUCGGGACCGGCUCUCGUGUUCUUCGUUUUAACCUACCUGGGGCGCUGCAGCGCACAGGUCUCAAUCUGGGCGAAUUUGUGGCCAUCCGUGGCGAGUGGGACGGCCAACAACUUGUUGGUUACUUCAGUCCAAUUACACUACCAGAGGACCUUGGCACUAUCUCCCUUCUGGUUCGUGCCGACAAGGGCACAUUGAAGGAAUGGAUCUGCGCCUUGCGACCGGGCGACUCCGUCGAAAUCAAAGCAUGUGGAGGUCUUCGUAUUGAUCAAGACCCAGUAAAGAAGUGUCUGCUGUUUCGUAACCGGCCUAUUACGCGGUUUGCUCUUGUCGCGGCAGGGACUGGUGUCGCGCCCAUGUUGCAGGUUAUUCGUGCGGCACUCAAGAAGCCUUACGUGGACACGUUGGAAAGCAUCCGUCUUAUAUACGCCGCAGAAGAGUACGACACAUUGACGUAUCGCUCAAUUUUGCAGCGGUUUGCGGAAGAGUUCCCCGACAAGUUCGUCUGCAACUUCGUUCUUAACAACCCACCCGAAGGGUGGACAGGUGGAGUGGGGUUUGUCAACAAGAAAUCCCUGCAGAAGGUGCUGCAACCGCCAUCGAGUGAGCCGCUGAUUGUUGUGUGUGGACCGCCCGUGAUGCAGCGCGACGUGAAGAAUGAGUUACUGAGCAUGGGUUAUGACAAAGAGCUCGUUCAUACGGUUGACGGCGAGUCGGGAACGCUGUGA